GAUGAAUUGUACUGUCUCAGUCAAAAUGAGCACCAAUAAACAGGACCACCGCCUUCCAGCGAUUGAGCCAACAUCAGAGACAUCUGGUGAUAAAAGGUUCAAUAUCAACGAUUACGCCACGAGAAAAUCUUUCGUUCAGGGUAUGCUCGAUCUGGCCCUACUAACGGCGAACGCUGCCCAGUUGAAGUAUAUUCUAGCCGUCGGAGAAAUUCAUCAGUUUUAUACCUUACUGCUGGUCCUAAUUAUUACCUCAAUCUCGCUACAGAUUUUACAAGCGAUCAUAAUUGUGGUGCUGGGUAUGCUGCUCAACAUCAACAAAAUCGAGGAGCAACGAAAGUCAGACAUCAUCAACAAUAUACUGAUUUGCGUUACUGUUGUAACUGUCGUUAUCAAUAUCGUCAUUAGUUCCUUCGAUAUGAAGAAUCAGAGCUUAAUAAAAGCUUGAAGGGAAGAUAUUGUGGAUGGCAAUUUGUGUAGCAAAUUCACCUUGACGGAAUCCACCGAAAUUACUACUGAAAAAGAAGCAAU